AUGACGAUGCUCAUCAUGCCCUCAAUGCUGGACCACGUAAUCCUGGGUAUGGAUUUUUUGGGUGCGAUGGGCACCACAAUACGCUGCGGCGAGGCGGAACUGGUCCUAGAAGCAGUGACGACACCGGGCGUGAGGCCAGGAACGAGCGAGGAGUCGGAGGAAGGCCUCCCAAGGCAUGAAAAGGGGGCACCUGCUCGGCUACAGAGGGAGCCGGAGGAAGGCCUCCCAAGUCAUGAUAGGGGAGCACCUGCUCGGCUACAGAGGGAGCCGGAGGAAGGCCUCCCAAGUCAUGAUAGGGGAGCACCUGCUCGGCUACAGAGGGAGCCGGAGGAAGGCCUCCCAAGUCAUGAUAGGGGAGCACCUGCUCGGCUACAGAGGGAGCCAGAGGCAGGCCUCCCAAGUCAUGAGAAGGGGGUACCUGCUCGGCACCCGACGGAAAAGGCCAGGAAAAGGGGAGUAAAGUCCGGCUCGAGUCGACAGACUGGAGAACCCAAGAGGUGGCGCAUAGAACUGCAGAGGCAGACUUCUGAUGGCUACGGAAGCGGCACGGUGGGAACGUGCCAGGGAAAGGACGGAGUAGGAGCGAUGACCAGCAUCCACACGGACAUAGAGGGCCAGGAGCAAUUGCCCGAAUCGAGCGGCCAUGGAGUUCUGUCUGGAGUCGAAGUGGUGCCAGGAGGGGGUGAGAACGACAUCGAAGAGGCGGAGUGGCCAGCGGAUCUGGAUCCGGAACUGAUGGAGUUUCUGGAGUCAGAACUGGCUCUCUUCGAGGGGCUGCAGGGAAUCUCGCACAUCGCGGAGCACCGGAUCCGGCUGAAGGAUGACAAGCCGUUGAAACAGAGAUACUAUCCCAAGAAUCCGGCCAUGCAGAGGGUGAUCGACGAGCAAGUGGAUGAGCUGAUCCGGGUAAAUGCCAUCGAGCCGUCGCGUAGUCCGCACAGCGCUACGAUCGUCUUAGUCAAGAAGAAGACUGGCGAGUGGCGUAUGUGUAUUGACUACCGACAACUCAACGCGCAUUCCAUUCCGGACGCUUAUCCGGUGCCUCGUAUUAACCACAUCCUGGAGCGGUUGCGUCACGCCCGGUUCAUCUCCACUCUGGACUUGAAGCACGGGUACUGGCAGAUACCGAUGGCAGCCGAUAGUCGGGAGUGUACGGCGUUCACAGUCCCUGGAAGAGGUCUUUUCCAAUGGCGGGUGAUGCCAUUUGGUCUACACUCGGCGUGCGCGACCUUUCAGCGAGCAUUGGAUACAGUAAUCGGACCGGAAAUGGAGCCCCAUGCGUUCGCCUACCUAGACGACAUCGUGGUAAUAGGAGCAACGAAAGAACAUGUAGAGAAUUUUAGGGAGGUAUUUCGCCGGCUAAGGGCGGCCAAUCUCAGGUUGAAUAGGAAAAAAUGCAGCUUCUUCCGGGAGAGGUUAGUCUACCUAGGACAUGUGAUUUGCGGGGAAGGAAUACGUACCGAUCCGGAGAAAGUGGAGGCGAUACGUAUCCUGAGGGCCCCGACAAAUUGCAAAGAACUGCGGCAGUGUCUCGGGAUGGCGUCAUGGUACAGGCGCUUCGUCCCUAACUUCGCGACUCAAGUACAGCCACUCACAGCGCUCUUAAUGAAGGGGCGGAAAUGGGCAUGGGAGCAAGAACAGGAGGAGGCAUUGCGCCAAUUGAAGGAGAGCUUGACGACUGCCCCUGUGUUGGCUUGCCCCGACUUUUCCGCCAAGUUCGUCUUGCAGACUGACGCGAGUGAGUAUGGCCUCGGCGCAGUGCUGACGCAGACGAUUGAUGGCCAAGAGCGAGUGAUAGCGUAUGCGAGCCGGAAGUUGCUAAAGGCCGAGGUGAACUAUUCCGCCACUGAGAAAGAGUGCCUGGCAAUAGUGUGGUCGAUCCGGAAGUUGCGCUGCUACUUAGAAGAGUACCGGUUCGACGUGAUAACUGACCAUCUAGCACUCAAGUGGCUCAACUCGAUCGAGAGUCUGUCCGGAAGAAUCGCGCGAUGGGCGUUAGAACUGCAAAAGUUUCAAUUUGACGUCCAUUAUCGUCGAGGGAAGCUCAACGUCGUGGCCGAUGCGCUAUCGAGGCAUCCUCUAGAGACCUGUCAGCAAGCAGUGGUGGCCGAGGCCCCCUGCAAAUGGGUCGCGAGUAUGCGUGCCAGAAUCGCCGAAGAGCCAGCCAAGUUCCCGGAUUACAUCGAGGAAAACGGACAGCUAUAUAGGCAUCUGGGUCACCGGAUAGACGAUGAGGACUACAUCCCCUGGAAACUAUGCGUAGGCAGUGGUCAACGCCAGAGAGUACUGCGGGAAUGUCAUGACGCUCCCACGGCCGGACAUCAAGGUGUCAGAAAAACGAGUUUAGCCCAGCGGUACUACUGGCCGGGUAUGUUCCGCGAUGCCGUCAGAUACGUCAGAUAUUGCGAAGACUGUCAAAUUCAACCGGCUGGUCGCAUGCUGACGAGGCAGAUGGCAGAGCCGAUGGCGGUACUUUGCGCGGACUUCGUCGGACCCCUUCCACGGUCGAGACAUGGGAACACGAUGCUACUGGUGUUCCAUGACGCUUUCUCGAAGUGGGUGGAAUUGGUCCCUCUCAGGAGAGCCACAGCAGCACACCUGCAGACUGCGUUUCGAGAGAGGAUUCUAAGUAGGUUCGGGGUACCUAGGAAGUUUGUGUGCGACAACGGGGUACAGUUAACGAGCCGGAGCUUCAAGUCAUUUUUGGGGUCCCUGGGUGUAGAGAUCCAGUAUACCGCCCCGUACUGUCCGCAAGAGAAUCCCACUGAGAGGACUAACAGGACUGUAAAGACCAUGAUAGCGCAAUUUAUUGAGGGCCACCAGAGUUUAUGGGAUGAACUCUUGCCCGAGAUCUCGCUGGCGGUCAACACGAGCGUGGCAGAUUCAACGGGCUUUAGUCCCGCUUUCCUGAUGCAGGGCAGGGAACCUCGGUUACCCGCAGCUCUGUACGAUCAGGUGACUCCGGGGUACGCAACUAGUGCGCUCGACCCUAGGACAAAGGCGGAUAGGCUAAAAGAAAUUUUUGAUAUCGUCCACAGCAACCUCCAGCGCGCAUCAAAGAUCCAGGGCCGGUAUUACAACCUGCGAAGACGAGAGUGGCGGCCUUCGCUGGAUUCGAUGGUCCUGUUGAGGCAGCACCAGUUGUCCAACGCAGCCGAAGGUUUCGCCGCAAAGUUGGCACCCAAAUUUGACGGCCCCUACAGGGUUGUCAAAUUCAUAUCCCCCAAUAUUGUACGGCUGGUGAAAUCAGGCGAGCACAAGAAGAGGGUGGCCAACAUCUCACAGUUGAAACCAUUCUACCGAAAGACGAAGAGCGACGAAGAAGACGAAGAUCCAGGACACUUAAAUGCCCACGAAUGGAACCCGAGGUUAUCAACAUAUCAUCAGACGAAGACGUCAGCAGCGGAGACACCGAGCCUUUCCCCGGGCCGGGAGCCGGAGUCCGCCCGCGCGACCCACGUCAGGGGCGUGAGUACAAUCGAAGAGAACGGCAAGAAGGGCCGCCUCGCCAGUUCCGCCAUACACUAUACUCCCGGCGGACCAACGUCAUGGAGAGGCUGGACGGGAUGGUAUGCUAAUGGCGGCUGGGAAGCAGACACGCCGAGCCGCGAUCCAGAACCCUUAGCGGAAAGGAACCCGUCAACGGAGGACGAGGAGGACGAGCCGGCAUUCCGUCGCCGCUUCGCCACCCACCGUCUGGAGGUAGAUCCGGGCAGCCAGUUUCCCCGGAUAACGCUGCGCUACCUACCGAAAGUCCCCGUGGAAGCCGACAAACCCCGUCUUAACCUUGCAAAGCGCGAAUGGGGGGGUGCCGAAGAAGGCCCAGGCGAAAAGCGCCGACACAGCCGCCAUCGCCGACGGAGAGCCGCCCGGGGCAAGCGUCGCCGGAGUGGAGGCCAACGCCGACCCAGUCCCGAGGGAGCAUCCUCGUCGGCAACGAAGAGGUUUCGUACGGAGACCGAGAAGCCCGGAGGAUCGCAGCGGCGCGUGCCGCGUUCACCCCGCGAGCGCCAGAAGGGUCCUUCCCAGCUCGGGAAGGAUAACCGCCGCUGCGAGAUCGCUUCUCGAGGAGGGCAUCCCGAGCCCUGGCCGAUACCGAUUGCAGUCUGCCAGAUGGUCGUGGAGGAGCGCCGUCUCGGCAGCAAGGACGAGGCGAACUCGCCCGUGUCCACAGCCCGCGCCGAGGCGUCUGACGCAACCUUUCGAAAGGGAUCGGAGGAUGAGUGGUUCGACCACGAGGACGAGAUGCCCGCGCUCGUGCCCAUUGCCCGCGCCGAGACACCUGACACCAUCGCCCGGCGGGAGUUGGAAGACGCCUGGUUCGGCCAAGAAGGCAAGGCGCCGUCCCUAGAAGGCUCCUUCACUAUUCGCCAGGAGGGCCGAGGUGAAGUGUGGUCCGAGGAAGAGGACGCGGUGGUGACGGCUUCGUCGCCCAAGCCUUCGAGUUCAACCAAGGAUUCCUCCCCAAUGAUUCUAAAGACUCCCACGGAGAGCGAAUUGUGGGACGAUAUCGUGGACCUUUUCGACGGUAUCGACGGGUGGGCUACUAGCCUGGAUUCAGUGCUGGAGGAGGAACCCGACACCGAGGUCGACACGAUCGCCCGCAGUGCCGACGUGAGGGUCACGCCGGAGAGCCCCACCAAGAAACCCGACACCGAGGUCGAGGCGGUCGCCCGCAGUGCCGACGUUGUGGUAACGCCGGGGAGCCCCACCAAGGAACCCGACACCGAGGUCGAGGCGGUCGCCCGCAGUGCCGACGUUGAGGUAACGCCGGAGAGCCCCGUCAAGGAACCUGUGCCCGAUUCCACCCCCUCGGGCUGGAAGGUGUUUCCUCGUGGAACACCGUUGUCGUCGGGCGUGGUGGAACUGAUCGCGAGAGAGGCGCGAAUCCGCCGGUUCCGAUGCCGACGGACUCGGUUCCACGUAUCCGACGGGGAGCGCGACUACAGCGUUACGUUGAACGCGAGAGGCGACGUGACCGUCACCUGUUCGAAGUGA